AUGGAUCCUUCUGUGUAUGAGGCUGCAGAAUCGGGUGAUGUUGGUUUUUUCAGAAGAGCUGAUGCAUCAAUUGAUCUUCUCUGUCAGAAAACCCCAGCUCACAACAGUAUUUUUCAUAUUGCAGCUGAAUACAAACAAAUACAUUUCUUCAGAGAUGUCCUAGAUGAUCUAUCUUUGCUGUUUUGGGCUCCCAAUAAGAAGGGCAACACACCUCUCCACGUCGCUGCUAGAGUAGGCUGUGAUGAAAUUGUAAAGCUCCUCAUUGAACACGCAAAGAAACUUGUGCAUAUUCAAGGAGCUGACGAGGAAAGAGGACCGACUAAUGGUGAAGCUAACAAACUACUUCGAAUGACUAAUUUUGAAGAAGAUACAGCAUUGCAUGUUGCUAUCAGAUGCGGUCACGUUGAGGUGGUGAAUUUGUUAAUGGCUGAAGAUCCUGGAUUGUGCUCAUUUGGAGGGAACCUUGAAGCAACUCAACUGUUGAUGCAACGUGCUAGUUCUGUUUCUUACGUCUUGGACAAAUCUGGAAUGUCAGCUCUCCAUGUCGCGGCCUAUGCAGGUCACACCGAUGUAAUGGAACAGAUGAUUCGGUGUCGGCCAGAUAUUUGUGAUUUGGUCAAUCAUUAUGGCCAAACGGCUCUACAUGCUGCAGUUUUAGGUGGACGAACAAAUGUCAUCACGUAUUCACUGAACAUGUCUAAGCUUGCAGUACUAAUAAACGAAGCAGAUGUAGAUGGAAACACUCCGUUGCAUCUGGCUGCCAUCAAGAAAAAUCCUGAAAUUAUAAGAGCGUUGACAGGCGACCCUAGAGUGGACAAGAUUGCUACCAAUAUGAAAUUCUCACAGGCCAACGACAUUUGUCUUAGCCAGAAUAUUGGAGAACAGGAAAUCUUCGGCAGUAGUAGUCCUAGGGCUCUGGACAACCUAGGCAGCUCCGUUGGUCUUCCAUAUUUCAAUGGCGAAAUCAGACGUGAUUUCUGGAAUGUUCCCGAGAAGGAUACCAUUGAAGGCGAGAAAGAACAUGAGCAAAGACGUGGAUCCAGACUCAUGAUAACAACGGUUGUUGCAGGCAUUACAUUUGCAGCAACUUUCGUCGAUACUGGAGCACCAGGAAGAAAUGGAAGAAGAAUAGAGCUUCAAGCGCAAAAACUUGGUGUUGCCAACCCGUUCAGCUUCAAAGCUCACUCGGCUUUCCGUCUCAGCAAUGUUCGUAGCAAGUGUUGCGUGGUUGUCUGCAGCGCAGCACGGAGACACCGAAUUGAGUCUGCUUGA